AUGGAGUCAAGGGGAACUUUACAGAAGACGAAUGCACGACUCGACACUAGCCGGUCUAACGAUGACACCCGUCCAAUUGGGCCCAAUUUCCCAGGGUCGUGGGAGAAGGAGUAUGUGGUCAGUUUCGACAUGAAUCCCUCCAUGGACCCUCGGAACAUCGACUACGCAAGGGAAUGGGUCAUUGUCUUGAUCGUCUCUCUCGGGUCUCUCUGCGUGGAUUGGUCCAUUGUUUUUCGCCCCCCUCUCAGAGCUAUACGGUCGACGAAACAUUUACAUUAUAUCCUUACCCUCUUCCUGAUAUGGCUUGUGCCGUGCGCGGUAGCCCGCAACAUUCAAACUAUGAUCAUCGCGCGGUUUUUUAAUGGGCCUGAACUCGCGGCUCCGAUGAUGAUUUACACUGCGAGCCCAUUUAUUGGUCCUGAGAUUGGCCCUCUUGUUGGGGGCUUUAUCAAUACAUUCACCACAUGGUAUCCCGCCCGUUGCUAUGAAAGGCUGAAGGCCGAUCACUAA